CCGACACCACCGACACCACCGACACCACCAAAACCAAUACCUAAACGGAUCCCCUCCCCCCACCACCGAUACACACAAACAAUAUGGCAGACGAUUGGCGAUACAAUUACUUUAAUAAAACAAACGAAACGGAUCUAUGGAUACGCGAGGCUUACUUUGUGAACGAUUCGGGAAAUUUCGAUUUCUGGACCCAAUCGGCCUAUCAUCGGGUAUUCGGACUGUAUGUCAAACGUAUGCAAAAACAGGGAAAGACCGGUGUAAGUACCUUCAGAUACAAGUUGACCGGUUCAGUGAAAAGCAAUCUGACCAACGAUUUUCAUCAGUACCUCAUGUAUUGGCCACUAAAUACAAACUAUCCGUCCCGUCUACACAAAUAUUACUAUGACGACCAAGGUCAACUCCAAACAUUUUAUUCACAACAGACAGGUUAUGCCCGGGAAUGUAUGUUCUAUCAGACAAUAACAUCGAUGCUUGUAAUUGGUAAACAUAUACCCGGUGAGGACAACCAGACACAACAACAACAACAGUCGACGACACAGCAGUCGUCACCGUUAGAUACAGACUAUUAUGAUUGGCUAUACUUUCAUCUAACGGCUCGCGAACAACUGGGCCAACACGUCUAUCUCACUAAAGAAGCUCACAUAUCAACUAUCUAUAUUAGCUUCAUAUUGUUGCCACCGACCACCACUACUGGCCAACAACAACAACGGCUAUACAAUUAUGAAGUAAUGCAAACAAAUACCGUUUGUGCCAUCUUUCCGACCAUACGUAACGAAUGGCACGAAAAAGAUCCGAAUACCGAUAAGUGGACAGAGAUUAGACAUCCGGACAAUUCAAUAAUAAUCGUCCGACAAGUGUUUACAAUGGGUCUGGCGUAUAGACGAUUCGGUAGAAACGGCGAAUCGCUUAUCUAUCUUAGCCGUAAUCCCCGUACUGGCCGUCUAAAAGCGCCGAACUCCUAUGAAAAGCCUAUGAAUACAUUCUAUUGGAACAACUCUAAAGACAAUCGAAAUGAUAAUCGAUUGUAUACACGAUUUACAGGCGAAUCCAGUUGGCAUAACUAUGGCGGUGCCUAUGAGCUGACUCAACAGUUGUUUGAUGAUAUUAGAGAUCAGUACGACAGCGCACAAGCAGUUGGCGGUGCUGUCGGUGGUGCAGUUGGUGGUGCUAAUCAAGCGUUGGCCAAAAACACAGUAUUUGCAGUGUAUGUGUGUGCCGGCGCUAAACUAGUAGUAAUCGACAACUAUCAGGCUAAUUUAAACAAUAAACAUCACAAUCGAUCGUUGUUUGAACAGGGAUCAGUUGUCAUUGUCGAGGAUCAACUAUGGAUGACUGUGCCCUACAAUACAAAACCAGAUACCCUAUUGCAAGUAUUAAUAAAUUGGCCAGAGUUUUGCAACAAAUAUCUGACCCGUGAAAUGUCUGAACGGGUAAAAGAGUUUGAAAAUCCGGUACUGUUUUUGGGCGCCAAUGAGUCCGACUAUAAUACCAGUGCUUGGAAUUUGACCAUCGAUUAUAUGGGCAAAGAAAUUAAUAUCAAAAGUCGCCGAAAAAGGCAAAAAAAUUUGGUUGCAUUUGAACGCCGAUGCUAUUUGGAAAUACCCGAAGGCGGGUAUAUUGUUGGCGUCGAAGACUGGACGGACGGUAUCAGAGAGAUUGAAUACCGACACAAAUACGAACAGUUGCAUCGGGCAAUUGUCAGACAUGAGAGGCCCGAACGGACCCGAUUCACUGGUCCUCAUUCCUAUGAAUUACCGCCCGGAGAUGAGUGGCUAAACAAGAUUAUAUUGAAUACCAAUACGGAUAUCAUUACAGUCGUAGAUCGAAAUACAGGUCAACCUACACAACGUCCCGAUACAUACGAACGGGACAUCCAUAUCGAUAUUGUUGCGCAAACACCAGAAAUCAGUGAGGCCUACAUUGAACUGAUGGGACCGCAUUUCAAUCAAGAGGAUCACACUAUUCAUCCGAAAGAAUUCAAUUUCAGCCGAUUUGCUGAACUACCACCGGAUCCGUUGAAUCCGGUAAACAGCGAACUAAUGAAAACAUACAGAGUAUCGCCAGCGGCUUAUCCACCCGUAAAGAUUCAGACCAGUCAAUCGGGCGAUAACUACCGACUAUUUUAUUUGCCGCAAAACAUACGUUUCAUUGUACAGCUAUACGAUGGCGUUGAACAAGUUGUUGACUGGAAUUUGUUGACUGUCUUCAAAAACUAUGCAAUGGAUCCGAUCAGAUACAGUACUGAAGACAACAAUACUAAUAUAUAUCCCAAUAACGUCGCCAAUCCUGACAGUCCUAUUAUACUAAAGCUAAGCCAAAAUAAAUAUACAUUUCCUGAAUACGAGUGGAACUGUUUGGACAAUCCGUUUAUACGCAAACAUCUCAUAGAGAAUGACGAAUACAUUCGGCUGGGAAUUGACGGACACUUCUAUGAAUUGGUAAAAAAUCUAAGUAAUAGUCAACCAGAAGCCGGACCGACACCUAUUGGUUACAUUCAAAGCUAUUACUAUGAAUUGUUUGACAAACGAACCGGUAAUAAAAUUGUGGACAACUUUACUUUUAUUGAAGUAAAAUCUGAACAACCGGUCAUUGGUUUCGAUGAGAUAACAGACAAUCAGUUGAAUGAUUUGGUGAACAACAAUCCAAACGGCGUAUUUCCAUUUGGUCCAAAUCCAUGGAAACGCAGUGGUAGUAGUGGUGGUAGUGGUGGUAGUGAUGGUAGUGAUGGUAGUGAUGGUAGUAGUGUUAGCCAAAGUGACGACUCCAUACACUCUCAAGAUAGCAAUGAUUACAAUACAACACAACUUCAAGGAGUCGGUGGUUCACCACAAAGUGGUCAAUCCUUACGAUCUAAAGGUGGCAGUGCUGUGCAACAACAAAGUGGCCAAAACACUGGUAGACGUAACCGAAGAAGAGGUCAAUCCAGACAAUAUCGAGGUGGCGGUGGUUCACAACAAAGUGGUCAAAACAGUGGUAGAGGUUACCGAGGAGGAGGACAAUCCAGUCGAUCUCGUGGUGGCAGUGGUUCACAACAAAGUGGUCAAAACAGUGGUAGAGGUUACCGAGGAAGAGGACAGUCCAGUCGAUCUCGAGGUGGCGGUGGUUCAAAUACAUACCAAUAUCAAGGUGGCGGUGGUUCACAACAAAGUGGCCGAAACAUUGGUAGUGGUUAUCGAGGAGGAGGACAAUCCAGUCGAUCUCGAGGUGGCGGUGGUUCCAAUGCAAACCAAUCUCGAGGUGGCGGUGGUUCACAACAAAGUGGCCAAAACACUGGUACUGGUUAUCGAGGAGGAGGACAAUCCAGUCGAUCUCGAGGUGGCGGUGGUUCAAAUACAUACCAAUAUCAAGAUGGCGGUGGUUCACAACAAAGUGGUCAAAACAGUGGUAGAGGUUACCGAGGAGGAGGACAAUCCAGUCGAUCUCGAGGUGGCGGCGGUUCACAACAAAGUGGCCAAAACACUGGUAGAGGUUACCGAGGAGGAGGACAAUCCAGUCAAUCUCGAGGUGGCGGCGGUUCACAACAAAGUGGCCAAAACACUGGUAGAGGUUACCGAGAAGGAGGACAAUCCAGUCGAUCUCGUGGUGGCGGUGGUUCAAACACAUACCAAUCGCCAGGAGACGAUGGUUCACAACAAAGUGGCCAAAACACUGAUAGAUCUAACCGAGGAAGAGGCCAAUACAGACAAAAUCGAAGUGGCGGUGGUUCACAACACUGGUAGUGGUAAUCAAAGCUGAAGUCCAUCCAAAACGUAAAUGAUAUUUCAAUUUCAACCAUUUGUUGGCAGUUAUGAUGUGUUUGUGUGUAUUAGUCAAACAAACAAAAAUAGUUGUAUAGUAUUAUUAAAAAAAACAAAAAGAUUUAAUAAAUUUUUGUAAUUUGUAAAUCAAAUUCA